CUGCUUGCACCACUCCCGGCCAGAGCGCACUAUUUAAGGCAGCACACAAGAGCCGGCUGUGAGUCACCGCUCCCAGGAGGGCUGUGGCUGCUCCCCUUUACCUCAGCACAAGGCCACACCGUGGGAAGGAACCCUUCUCCUCGCCAUGGCCUCCCUGGGGCAGGUCAUCUUCUGGAGCAUUAUUAGCAUCAUCAUUAUCCUGGCUGGAGCAAUUGUGCUCAUCAUUGGCUUUGGUAUUUCAGGGAGACACUCCAUCACAGUUACUACUCUCACCUCAGCUGGGAACAUUGGGGAGGAUGGAAUCCUGAGCUGCACUUUUGAACCUGACAUCAGACUUUCUGAUAUCGUGAUACAAUGGCUGAAGGAAGGUGUAAUUGGCUUGGUCCAUGAGUUCAAAGAAGGAAAAGAUCACCUGUCAGACCAGAACAAUAUGUUCAGAGGCCGGACAGCAGUAUUUGCUGAUCAAGUGAUAGUUGGCAAUGCCUCCCUGAGGCUGAAAAAUGUGCAACUCACAGAUGCUGGCACCUACAAAUGUUACAUCGUCACGUCUAAAGGCAAGGGGAAUGCUGACCUUGAGUAUAAGACUGGAGCCUUCAGCAUGCCAGAAGUGAAUGUGGACUAUAAUGCCAGUUCAGAGAGCUUGCGGUGUGAGGCUCCCCGAUGGUUCCCACAGCCCACAGUGGUCUGGGCAUCCCAAGUUGACCAGGGAGCCAAUUUCUCAGAAAUCUCCAAUACCAGCUUUCAGUUGAACUCUGAGAAUGUGACCAUGAAGGUUGUGUCUGUGCUCUACAAUGUAACGAUCAACAACACAUAUUCCUGUAUGAUUGAAAAUGACAUUGCCAAAGCCACCGGGGAUAUCAAAGUGACAGACUCUGAGAUCAAAAGGCGGAGUCACCUUCAGCUGCUGAAUUCAAAGGCUUCGCUGUGUGUUUCUUCUUUCUUUGCCAUCAGCUGGGUGCUCUUGCCCCUCUCCCCUUACCUGAUGCUAAAAUAACGUGCUUUGGCCACACAAAAACAUGCAAAGUCAUUGGUACAGCAGAAUCCCAGGAAUCUACAGAACUAUUUUGCCACAAGAUAUGACCUAGUUUUAUAUUUCUGGGGAGAAAUGAAUUCAUGUCUAGAAGUCUGGAGCGAACACACAAGAAAAAGAAGCAACAGAAGCCAAAAAACAACCCGGAGAAGACUCCAAUAUGAACAAGAUAAAUCUGUCUACAAAGACAGAUUUGUUGAGAAGACAAUUCAUCUGAAUUAGACAAGUGUGUUAAGACUAAGGAAAGUGCAUGUGGAGACAAGUGCAUCCCUUUUUCUCAGGGACCUCCCCUUACCCAUCAAGCCCUGGGGAGUGAGAGGAUAGGAUGCUGCCAUCUCUUGUCUCUGAAUCCUUAGCUUAUAUUUUGAGCUGUAAUGGUGCUCUGAGGACGUUCUUGGAAAGUACUGAUCACAAUAUACUCAUGUCUUAUAUUCCACAAAUUAAACUGUAUUUUAUGCUGUAGGAAGCUGAUAAUCAGCUGCAGCUUCUCAGCGCAGAGGUGGCUGCAUGUUAGAGCUAGGUCAGAGGAUUUACUUUUCCUUAUGAUGAUUCCAAAGUGCCUUGGUUUCCCCUCCCGCACCCAAAGAUGUGAAAAGUGAUAGUAAGUAAUAUUAGCACAAAUGAAGUAGCUGGGUGACAAUGAUCUCCCAAAUAAUCUGAGCACCUUCUUUUUUUAACAAACAGACGCCAUGUUAUUUUUCAGAUGAUGUUGACUCCUAAAUGAUCCAGGGAAGGACCUCUCACCUUGUCUGUGUGGCAUUAUGUCAACACAAGAUUGGCGGCUCCCACUUUCUAGCCUGGAUGUACUGCUGUGACAUCAACAGUGGUGGAACUCAGCUGAGCUCAUUUUGCCCACCCAGUCCCCCAGGAAACAUUUGGCAGUGUCUGGAGACAAUGUUUGUUGUGGAAGCGUGGUGGAAGGAAGGAUGGUGCUAUGGGCAUCUCUUGGGUAGAGCCCAAGGAUACUGCUCGACAUCCUGCGAUACACAGGGCAUCUCUCCACAACAAAGAAUGAUCCGGCCCCAAAUGUCAAUCAUGCCAAGGUUAAAAAGGCCUGAUUUAGAGCAGAAAAAGAUAUAGAAAAAAAGGAGAGCAAACAAAUCUGUUUGCUUCCUAAAAAUAGGCCCUGGCUUCUGUCUCUUUGGCUGCUGCCUCAGCACAGAGAGCCAGAACACUGUGUCGGGCAACCAGGAUAACAUCUUUCUUCGAACAGAGUUGACAAGGCCUGCGGGAAAUUCCUGAUGGGAUUAUCUUCAGCUCGUUGAGUUUCUAAAUUCCUUUCCCUUUAUUCUACCCUACAAACCAAGUUCUGUUAAGAGAGUUGCCCAAGUUCUUUCUCCAGUUCUCUCACUCUGAAUUUAGAUCACAGGACCCCGACUGACUGAAAUUCAAAUAAGGCAACAAACAUGUACUUUCCUGGAAGCAUACAAGACUUCUGAAAGCAGAGGCAAGGACCCUUUGAAAUGAGGCCUUGAGGAAUGAACUUUGUUGGAAAGGAACAUUUUGUUUCCAGCCCUCUUUCCACACUUUUCCUCUGUUGAUCACUGCCUCCCUGGCACUUUGAACCAUGACUAUAUUAUAUUUUAUAGAAAACUUGAUUUUAGGGUUCUGACCAUUCAAGAGAAAUAUUAAAUAUACAUU